UGGACUCUGCGGCACAAAAGCCACCAUUGACGACGCAGAAACGCACUGUGGGCCAAACCUCACUCGCUCGCUUGCAACACUUCUAUUUCCCACCACCCCUGAGGCAAAGCUCACCAUGAAGCUCUUUUUGGCGCUGGCGGCAUUUAUUGUGCCUCUCGUCAGAUCUCAGGUGCCCCAUUGGGGUCCGUGUCCAGAACCGGAUGUUCAACCCGCUUUCAACCUCAAACAGUUCAUGGGGAGGUGGUUCGAAAUCGCAAGGCUGCCCACGCAGUUCGAAAGGGGCUGCUGCAUCCAGACCAAUUUCACGUUCAAGGCGGACAAAGCUAUCCGAGUGGUCAGCUCGGAAGUAUUGAAAGGAGAGCUAAGGAAAAUCGAAGGAACAGGUGUCAUCGAGGAUCAGAAGAAUCCAGCCAAACUGGGAAUAAGUUACUCCUAUGUGCUGCCCUUUUCUCCCUACUGGAUCCUGUCCACAGACUACGUGAACACGGCCCUGGUGUACUCCUGCACGGACGUCCUGCGCCUCUUCCAUCUGGACUUCGCCUGGAUCCUCAGCCGCACCCGCACCCUGCCCCGGUCGACCAUCGACAGCGCCAAGGAGACCUUCUUCAACAACAACAUCGACGUGACGCGUAUGAUCGACACCAAGCAGAAGCCUUGUGACAAAGACGCGCCCUGGAUUGACGACCAAUUAUUAUAAUAAAUUUUGUUUAAACAUGCACUUUUGUGAAAAGGAGGAGAGUUAAAAAUGAGUGAGAAAGUAUGUAGUACGAUACAAGUAUACUACUGUAUGACUAAAUACUGCUUCAAUACAAACAAUAAAUAAAAUAAACAUAUCAAAUGAUGCUACAAAUAAAAAUCAAGUGAUAGUUUUAGAAGGUUUCUGCUAUACAAUA